ACAACCCCGGGAGAUUUAAAUUCAGCCCCGCUAACGUUGACUUACCUGUUUUUGAGUGAAGUAUUUGCUUCUUCUUGCUUCUUUCUCGCGUUGUUCCUCUUGAGUUUCAGUACCUUUCGGCUGGAAAUGGAGCACCUGCCGCCGGUGUGGCAGUGGUUGGAGCAUGAUAGGAGGGUUUCAUGCCUAUAAUCCCAGCACUUGGAAGACUGAGAUAAAAGGGUCGCCGGGAGUUUGAGGACAGCCUGCACUCCAGAUCGCCGUGGGCUAGAGUGAGACCCUACUUGAAGAAGGAAAACGGGAAACUUCUUCCCCAGAGUAGAGGUGUGUGAAAUGUCCUUGUCCUCUAGGAUAGAGAUGGUGAGUGUGGGAGUCGCCACAGAGCCUUGUCAUGCCAAGUGGGAAGCUGAGACAGAUGAAGUGGUCCUGCAGCGGCGCCAGAAGCAGAUAGAUUAUGGCAAGUGCACACCUGGGUACCAGAGCUUUCUCCAGCAGGUCCCCAGGGCGCAGCGACAGCCGGGUUUUCACCCUCAAACACCAAACAAAAACAGGAGGUACAGCCGCCGAUCCUGGGAUGCCCAGAUCAGGCAAUGGAGAAGAGCCCUGCAUACCUGGGACCCCCCAAGCCAGCCUCUCCAUGACAGGAAGGCAACAAACGACUUCCUAAAGCCGGUGGAUUCUACGCCACUAGAUGAUCUCCCGGAUAACUGGCCCCAGGACCCAGAAUCCUCAGAGAAUUGGGACAGCGAUGAGAAAGAGGCCCAGUUUGCAUACUUGAAGGUUCCUGCUGCUUCCCCUCCCCAGUUCAAAGAUGAAGAGUUGCAUCACUAAGUCUACUGCUGCUUACCUAUCCCAGAUGAGGGGGAUUCAAAAUACUCGGAAUAAACACUUGAUUGUUAGGGAUUUGCUGCUACAACUGUAAUAAUGAAAUGCCUGGAAUUACCACUUUCUAACCGAUUAAGAAGGGAAUCUAAAACUGCCCUACAGUGAUCUGAGCAUGAAAGCAUUUAUUGAAAACUUUUUUUCUCAGCUGAGAUCUCCAAUUUACAGAACAGCCAGGAACCUCUAUAGGCUUUAUUCCUUACCUACAUCAACAUUAGUCUAUUGAAAAGGGACUUAAAACUUUGGUUGCGGUGUGAGGUGGUGAUAAUGGUAUAGAUUUAAUAAAAAGGUGAU